UCCGUUACAGCUUGCAGGCGAUACUUAGCAGAUAGUAAAACCAACGUGCUCAAUUACAUGUACGGAUGUUUUGAGUCUGUGUUGAGGCACACACAGGAAAUGGUUUAACCAGCAGCGGUUAGGGUUUCUAACUUGUUCAGCUUCCUUCUUCCUGUUUAGAAUCCAGGCUUAAAGUUAGUUGAAAUUUGAGGAAACUGUCAGUGGGUGCUGUGAUGCCCAGCCUGUGUCCCUCCGAACUGAGGUAACCGACUACGAUAGGAAACCACAUGUUCUCAAGACGGUGCAAGUCUGAGGGUAAAAUAUAGAAGGUAACCCGAUGGAGGGCUCAACCCCUCAACUCCAAUCUUCUUGGGACAAAAAUAUCUCCAGGAAACGCAGAGCCUGGGCUCAGAGCAGAGGGCAGCGGCAGAACGUGGAAGAAAACCUCAAAGGAACAGGCUGCAGAGCAGAUGCCGGCUUGAGUGGUGUGAACAGAGCUGAAGGUAACCCGAGCACUGGAGCCAAGGGCAAUGUGUCACGGAAACCAAGUCAACCAACGUUAUCAUGUAUCUCUCAAAUACUGGAAUUUUACAAAGAGGAUCCUGAAGAUAUACUGUAUAAUCUUGGCUUUGGAAUGGAAGAGCCGAAUAUUACAGCAAAAAUCCCAUCCCGCUUCUUCAGUUAUACCUCCCAUGCCAAUGGAAUUAACUUCAGGGUCUUUUUAGAAGCUCAGGUGAAGAGAUUGGGGGAAGAAAAUCCCAGCUACACACUGGCAAGUCGCUUCAGGCAAAUUGAGGUUCUCACAACCAUGGCGAAUGCCUUAACCUCCCUGUAUUCCCGUGUUUCCAAAACACCCGUGACGAAGAUUGGACCUGUCCACGAGUUUUCCUUCAGUUCUGAUAAAUUCAACAGAAGUCCAGAAGGGAAGUUCCCAGGUGGCAAAGCAGUUCAGAAACUGAGGAAAACAAUUACUAAGUUGUGCUUGUACGGACCACCCAAGGUGUCGGAAUAUCCAAAACAAAAGGAAGAAUCAGCAAGCAAAACGAGCUCAGGACUAGAUCAAUCUCAAGAGUGCACUAUGAAGACAGACUGGGUGAGGACUGAGCCUAACGGCUCAGGAGAAGUUUGUGAAAAGGCCAUCAGUUCAAGAGACAGUGAAAGAUCAGAGUCUUCUUGCCCAAAGGAGGAAGAAAAUCAGCAAGCCAGCAGUGCCACGACCAAGGAGGUGUGGAAUGUGGACAUUGGGAGGUCUAAGGUUUACACUGUCAGCACAAGGAGUACUCCACUAAUGGAGUCUCCUAGUGAACAGUCGGAGUGUUCCAAUCCUGUGCCAUCACUGCUGGGAAGAGAGGUUGUUUCCUACUCUGGUGGGUCAGACGAUCAGCACAUUGAUGCACAAGAGCAACCACAGCAGCUCAAAGCGUCACCUGAAAGUCCAGAAUAUUUUGCCAAUUGAUGUGUUGUACGAACAUUAUACGAAGUAUGAAAGUUGAUCAGUAAUCUUUUGACCAGUCAGCAAUGAGCUUCAUGUGGAUACACUUGAUAAGAAGCUAACCUACUUCCCACCAACAGGGAGUCGGAUACAAUGCUGCAUCCCAUUCCUUGCCAUUCUGGGCAAAAAAAAACUUCCCCUUCCAGUGCAAAUGAUUAUGUGUUUAUAUAAAAAGGAGACAGAACCCUGCAUGAGAUUUAGGAUUAGUCCUGAAGCAGGCUAACGGCCUGAGACAAUGACUAUUCUUUUUCUCCCACAGAUGCUGCCCGACCUGUUGAGUUCCUCCAGCAAAUUGUUUGUUGCUCCAGAUUCCAGCAUCUGCCGUCUCUUGAAUCUUGAUUGUUAAUAAACCAGUUUCCCAGCAGCAAAGGAAGUACAAUUGAUUGGAAUUGGUUUAUUAUUGGUCUAUUUCUUGACAUGUAUAGUGAGGUAAAGUAAAAAUCUUGUCCUCCACACUGUACAUGCAGAUCAAAUUAUUACACAUUGCACAGAGAUUGCAAAAGAUGCAGAAAAAAUCCAGAAUAAGAUGCAACAGGUGCAGUGAAAAUGCAAUGCAGGUGAACAGUAAAGUGCAAGGUUAAAAUGAGGUAGAUUGUGAGGUUGAGAGUCAAUUGUAUUGUGCUAAGGAACCAUUCAAGUCUUAUAAUAGGAGGUAGAAGUUGUCCUGGAGCCUGGUGAUAUGAGCUUUCAUGUUUUUUUCAUCUUUUGCCUGGUAGAAAGGGGAGAAGAGAGAAUGCUUGGGGUGGGUGGGGUCUUUGACUAUGUAGGCUGCUCCACUGAGGCAGUGAGAAGUACCGCCAGUCUAUGGAGAGGGGGCUGCUGCCCAUGAUGUGCUGAGCUGUGCCCACAACUCCCUGUAGUUUCUUGAGGUCACUGGCAGAACAGUGGCCAUGUCUGACAAUUCAACAUGUUCCAUAUGAGCAGUACUAAAAGAUUUAUAAAGCUAUGGGUUUUUAAUCUUUAGUAAAUUGUUGAUUGGUUUUGGAAUUUUUCUUUUGGUUUGACAUGAUGCACAAUGUUUUUUUGUAAAUUAGCUCAAGAAAUCCAACUUCAAUAUAUUUUAAAUUUAGAAAAUGAAAGAGUAAGAUAUGAAAAUAGUUCUGGGAGCUGAAUACUUUUUCAAGGCACUGUAUGUUUACUUACAUAUGCCUUGUGCUGUAUAUGACUGUUGGUACUAUGUUUUGCACUGUGGCCCCGGAGAAAUGCUGUUUCAUUUGGCUAUAUUCAUGUAUGGUUGAAUGAUAAUUAAAC